CUUACUUCUCCCCACUCUAUUCCUUCUUGUUCACCAAGUAAUUGAACCGUCUACGUCACAUGCUGCGCAACCAUCGCGACAUUGAGGCAGUGGUCGGCAUCCGCAUCGCAUCACAGCCGUCUCACGACAUUCCCCAGCAAUCAAACGCGAUCACGUGCAGCGGGCCCUGUCAUUGACAGCAAGACACCAAACGAUACUAAUUUCAGUUGAUCUUUUUCAUCCUUACCACUAAGCGAACCUCCUCACCAUGGCUUUAUACUACAAUCUCGUUUUCGGCUUAUUGAUCGUCGAAAUGGUGUUUUUCACCAUCUUGUCGUUACCUUACCCAAGGAACAUCAGAAGAACCGUUUUGACUACGGUCUCCGCUCCGUUCAGAAACGAACAAUUCCAGAUCGCCAUCAAGUGCAUAUUGGGAUUCAUAUUGGUGUUGUUCAUCGACUCCGUCAACAGAGUCUACUCUGUGACCAGUGAAUUGAGAGCUGCCUCCCCAAGUGGCCACCAGACCACCGUCACUGGCAUCAUGAAUGACAGAAGCGAGGUCCAGGCCAGACGGUUCUACGCCCAAAGAAAUAUGUACCUUUGCGGCUUCACCUUGUUCUUGACCCUCAUCAUCACCAGAACCUACUCCUUGGUGGCCGAAUUGAUUGCCACCAAGGACAAGUUGGACGCCAAGAAGGUUGAAUCCGGCUCCACUGACGCUGCUGAAGACUCCGAAAAGAUUGCUGCUUUGAAGAAGGAAUUGGCUGCCAGAGACGAGGACUUGGAGAUCUUGAAGGACCAAGCCAAGAACUUGACUAAGGACUACGACUCCGUUGCUACUGGUGUCGACAAGUCCGGCUUGUAGUCGGAGCAAACCGCGUAACUGAUUUAAUUGAAUUGAAUACUCCAACUGCCUCCUUUUUGUAGGCCAGGAGUAUACAUUAAUAUAUAUCAAAUCUAAGUAUUACUAAGUGUAAUCAUAUUUAUAGGGUGGCUAAUACAAGCAUCUUAAGCGACCAAC